CCGGUCCGGGGCGGCCCCGCAGCCUCGCCCCGUCCGCGGCGGCGGCCCCGCCCCGGCCCCGCCGUGACCCCGCGGCCGAUCACUUCCAGGGCGGCCCCGGCUCCCGAUUUGAAAAUGCAGGAGCGGCUGCUGGUGCUGCUGUGCGCGCUGGCGCGGCGGCGGCGGGCGGGCGGGCGGCGGGCCAUGGCCGGGGCCGGGGCCUGGGACGGGCCGCAGCGGCGCGCCUGGCUCCGGCACUACUACAGCCAGCGGCAGAAGCGCCUCAUGACGCUCCUGAUCGCUCGCCGGAGGAGAACCAGCUGCUACUUCUACCCCCGCGCCUGGCCCAGUGUCAGGAGCGCAGACUGGUGGGAGCGGGUGGUCCUGAAGGAAUUUGGACCCCAGGACUGGCUGGAGAAGUUCCGGAUGUCCAAGGAGACCUUCUUCUAUGUCUGCAACCAGCUGCGGCCUGGACUGGCUCCGCACAGCGCCCACUUCCACCCCACCCUGCCCCUGGAGAAGAGGGUGGCCGUGGCCCUGUGGCACUUGGCCACCAACGUGGAGUACCAGACUCUCAGCCCGCUCUUUGGCGUGGGGCCCUCCACGGUGCAGACGUGCGUCCGGGAGGUGAGCUACGCCGUCGUCUUGCUGCUGAAGCCCCUCUACCUCCGGCUGCCCAACGAGAAGGAGCUGGAGAACAUGGUGCGCAUCUUCCGCACCCGCUGGGGCUUCCCGCACUGCAUCGGCGCCCUGGACAGCCUUCACAUCCCCAUCCACCCGCCCCUGCGCCUCAGCGCUGACUACUGCAACGGCCAGGGCUGGCACUCCAUCCUGACGCAGGCCACCGUGGACGGGCUGGGCCAGUUUUGGGACGUCUCCACCGCUUUCCCCGGCAGCAUGGAGAACAGCGCGGUCCUGGAGAGCUCCAGCCUGUGGGUGCUGGCCAAGGAGGGCCGGCUGUGCCCCAACCCACCCAAACACUUCAUGGGGAAGGCGCAGAAGUACGUGCUGCUGGGCGAUGCCACCUACCCCUUGCAAGACUGGAUCCUCAAGCCCUACCAGGAGGAUGAGAACCUCACCCAGCGGCAGCUGCAGUUCAACUACCGCCUGAAGCGGGCGCACAGCGUGAUCGAGAAUGCCUUCCUGCGCCUGAAGGCACGCUGGCAGAUCCUCCUGAAGUGCGACGACUGCAGCCUGGAGCUGCUGCCCACCCUCGUCCUCGCCUGCUGCAUCCUGCACAACGUCUGCGAAGCCCACGACAACCCCUUCAACGAGGAGUGGCUGGAGGGCACCGAGCCGACCGAGUUGCCCAAGCCCUGCCAGCCCGCGCCUGCCGCCAUGGAGGACGGCCGGGCCGAGCAAGUGCGCGAGCUGAUGUGCCAGUACUUCGAGAGCUGCGGGGAGGGCUGACGGGGCCGGGGGUGAGAAGCAGCCCUGCGCGUCCUUGCUCGCGGACUUCCCACAGACUCCGGCGAAUGUUGUUGGCCCGGCGGCACCCGGCUGUUCGGCGAAGGACUGCACCUUCUUGCCUCUGCUGAAGGCUGCUGGCAGAGCGAGGAAGGCUGCCGGCCAUUCCUGGGGCGGGGAGGGGGGGGGGCGGCUGUGUCACGCUCGUGCUGGUUUUGCCGCACUGAUUUCAGGCAGUGGAAUGUAUUUUGUGCCCUUGCUCUCUUCCAGGGUUUAA